AUGCAGUUCUCCACCGUCCUCCUCGCUCUCGUAGCCACCACCUCCGCCGCCGUGCUUCCCCGCACCGAAAACAAAGGCCAGUGGUCCGUCCAUGUGACCCUUGGCCCCGACAUUGAGCAACUCUACCUCCACGCUGAGUUCACGUCGGAUGAGUACGACGAAGAGCACAAGCUGAGGAGCACCUGCGUUGAGGCACCUAAUGCCGAGCUUCCUGUUAUCCACGGCUGCGACCGCGCCGCGUUCGACUUCUCCUACGAUGGAGCGACUGUCAACGUUCAACAGACUCUUGACAGUGGAGUUACCGUCUACGGAUCCGCACCCCUUUCCAUUCACACUUUUAUUGGCGGCGGACGUUUCGAGGACGGUACUAUCGUUCCUGUCACCAGCGCUGUGGCUUAG